GAAAUUUGAGUUUUUGAUUUUGUGGUCAUGUCAGUGGUGAUUCUUCUUUUGUUGGUGUUCUUUGGAACUCUGUCAUCAGGUGGCUUGACAGGGGAUGACUGUCCUUUGGAGGUUUUGGAGCUGAAAUCGAGCAUUCAGAAACUUAAUUAUGAGCUGAUAAUCGGGGAUUGGAAACUGCUGCACCUGCGUACACACCGCUGGCUCAGACCUGCAGCAGAAUCAAAACAGGACAACAUAACCCUACCGACUCUGCCAAGCACCGGGGGAAGCCUGCUGGUUCAUGAUAGAGACUGCUCUGAGGUGUUUGAUAGGCUCAGACCUGAGAGUGGGUUCUACCGGAUCAGACCAGAUACAAUACUAGAGCCUUUUCUUGUUUACUGCGACAUGGAGGAUGGAGGAGGCUGGACUGUGGUACAGAAACGCCGCAACGGUAAAGUGGAUUUCAAUAGAGAUUGGGUGGAUUAUAAGAAUGGGUUUGGUAAUCUCAAAUCAAGCAAUGAUGAGUUCUGGCUGGGCAAUGACCAUAUCCACUCGUUGCUUCAUGGAGGUGAAAAGAUAAUGAAGAUUGAUCUGAUGGACUGGGAUGGAAAAAAAUCAUAUGCAAUAUAUGAUAACUUCAGAGUGGCAGAUGAAAAGGAUAAGUACAGACUUUACUUUGGCAUGUACAGUGGUCGGGCUGGAGAUGCCUUGUCUGGUGGGAGCAAUAUGAUGGAGCAGUGGUCUGCCUCCCACAGUGGCAUGCCAUUUAGCACCAGAGACCAGGACAAUGAUCGCUACUUACAAGGAAACUGUGCUGUAGAGAACAAGGGAGGCUGGUGGUACAAUAGGUGCCAUGCUGCCAACUUGAAUGGAAAGUUUUAUCGUGGAGGAAAGUACACAGCAAAACAUGACAAUGGCGUGGUGUGGAGCACCUGGCGAGGAAUCUGGUACUCUCUCAGACACGUCAGCUUGAAGGUGCGACCUACAACAUUUAUGGACAGCCUGGGAAGUGGAUCAGGACCUGAUAGCUAAAAUGUUAUACUUUUUUAAUGUUUAUGCUUUAUGUCAUAAGAAAUGAAAAUAUGCUUUUCAUUACCAUUAUGCAAUCCAAACAUACAGCAAAAGAUUGCAGUAGAACAUUAUGAUUAUAACUCACAGUCCGCAGCAUAUGGAUCAUAAAUAUA